GAAAAGGGGCGUCCCCACAUCAACACGUACAUGCCCGGUUUGAACGCCCGACGCAUGUGGUCACGCACCGAACUGUAUACUCCUGUUAAUAACAAUGUGAUAAUAGUCAUUUGAAACUGUGUCCGUGUCACCUGCUUCCUCGCCAGCGCGCUGACGGUCGUUUGCGGUCACAGCCGCUGAGUGAAUUUUGAGAGCCUGCUUUGUGGUUUACAUUUCUCAAGCUGCGUCGGGGAGAUGCGGAGUGCCGCUGGUUUUUAUUGCUAAACACACAGACAGAGCCGCACACGCAAGCACAAGCAGUAUCGAGCAACACGCAGCAACACUCGCCAGUACCUACAGCGUGUGCACCAGUACGAAGAGGCGUCCGCUGCUCGAGUCCGCGGACUGUUGUGUUAAUGCUGGUGUUAAGUCGAUUAACAUGUAUUGAUUAUUAUCAUUAUCCUAAGCGGAUGCAGUCUGCACGUUUGCCUGUGCGCCUCCUCGGAGAUUGAUCUGGAGAAAAAGAUUAAGAACCUCGGCGGAAUCGUGCUGCUGAAAGAAAAACACAAGGACGGCCGUGAAAAAGCUUUACAAAUAGAAUAAUACGUAACCGUCUCUCUCUCUCUCUCUCUCUCUCUCUCUCUCUCUCUCUCUCUCUCUCUCAGAAAACAAGGAAGGACGUUGUGGCUUUCAAUUAAAAUCGAAUUCCUAAAAUUGGGUCUGCAGACUGCUACUAUGGAAUUGUAUUUACAAGGACUGCGGCUUUAGGAGGCGUUUCAUUGUGAUUAUCAUUGUUAUUAAUAUUAUUUUGUUUGUUUUCUUUAAUGCACCAAUCGCCACGCAAGUAAAAACGGACGCGGAUAUGGGCUUUGAAAUAUCAAAGAAGGAAUUGCAACAAUAUUAGUAUGAUCUGCAAGAAGCGCGACUUGAACUUUCACAUCAAAGGAAGGUGCAGUGUCCGUCAGUGAGAAAAUGGUGCAAUGCAACACUUGACAACUUAACUUGCAGGACGGCACCCGGAGGGUUAAUGCAUGCAUUCAGCUGUUAUCACUGGACACUCGCUUCCCUGUGAGGCACUGCCAGCAGUCCUGCGUUACGAUUCACCAUGCCAGCCUUCUGGGAGAGGGCUUGUGCACCCCGCGAUGUAAGACAGCGUUGAUGGUGGGCUCCCUUCCGCGAUCAAAGGAACUUUCUUCCACCAUGCAGCUCUGCAGCAGCACCGCCACAGGAGAGACAGCGUUCUCUACUCCUAAGAAGUCCCUCUGGUUGCCUCUCUGUGUCCUGCUUUCCCUGACCUUGCUGGGGCCCGAGGUGGGCGGCUCCACAUUAGACUGCCACCAGACUUGCAUUUGUGCCAGCAACAUUGUGAGCUGCUCCAAGAAGGAGCUGGAGAGCAUCCCCACUGCUCUGCCCAGGUACACGGCCGUGCUGGACCUCAGCUACAACAGUCUGAGCAAGCUGCGGGCUGAGUGGACCCCGGUCAAGCUGGAUAAGCUGCACACCCUCCUCCUGAGCCACAACGGCAUGAGCUUCAUCUCCUCGGAGGCUUUCUCCUUCGUCCCCAGACUGCGCUACCUGGACCUCUCGUCCAACCAGCUGCAAGGCCUGGAGGAGUACCAGUUCACGGAGCUGGAGGAGCUGGAGGUGCUGCUGCUCUACAACAACAGGAUCUCGCAGAUCGACCGCUCCGCCUUCGAGGGUGUCGCCAAGCUGCAGAAGCUCUACCUGAGCCAGAACCAGGUCUCCCGCUUCCCCCUGGAGCUGGUCAAGGAGAAGACCCGACUACCCGAGCUCAGCCUGCUGGACGUCUCCUCCAACCGCGUCAAGAGCCUGCCGGUGCAGGAGCUCAAGCUGCUACCGGCCUGGAUCAAGAAUGGGCUCUACUUCCACAACAACCCCUUCACCUGUGACUGCGAGCUCUACAGCCUGCUGGCGCUGUGGCACAUCCGGAGGCUGAACUCGGCCAUGGACUUCAGGGAUGAGUACAACUGCACCCUGCAGUCGCCCAAGAUCAGCGUGCGCCUCUUCCAGCUCGGGGAGGAGUACAUGAACUGCAGCGCCGUGAAGGAGGCCGAGGUGGAGGCCUACCUGGGCGACAGCCUGACCCUUGAGUGCGACACCCGGAAGAGGGUCAUGACCAAGACCUGGGUGACGGCGAGCAACGAGGUGGCUGCUUCGGUGAGGAGCAACCAGAGCGCCGUGGUCCUGGCCAACGGCAGCCUGCAGAUCCGGGAGCUCCGGGCGGAAGAUUCCGGGGUCUACACCUGCUAUGCGGUGAGCGAUUCCCUGAACGAGACCCUGUACGUGUCGGUGAGGGUACACAACUUCACCAUGCCCGGAGACAGCGACUCCUUCAACACGGCCUACACCACACUAGUGGGCUGCGUCUCCAGUGCCAUCCUGGUCCUCAUCUAUCUGUACCUGACCCCCUGCCGCUGCUUCUGCUGCCCCGGCGAGGAGAAACUCAAGCAUGAGGACAGCAUCCAUUCUUCCAUGCUCAGCGCCAGCGCUACCCCAACCCACGACUUGCUGGAGGGUCAAGCUGGGCUCAACAGACAUGUGGCUUUUAUCGAGCCUUCCAAAGACUCGCAAGGCCAGAACGGGAAGCUGAACCGCGGCUCUGAAGAGGAGCAGGAGGGUAAGAGAGGAAAGGGACACAGGAGGAAGUCAGACGGGGAGUCCAUCAGCUCUGUGUUUUCAGAUACCCCCAUUGUGGUGUAAUGCACAAAGGAAAUCCCAUAUUUAAAUAGAAGUAUACACAUUGUGUAUGGACUCUCAGUGCACAGCAGAGCUUUCUACUGUGAGUAACACCUGAACGGAAGAGGCUUCGGGUUAGAGUUAAGUAAUUACUAUAGACAGGUCCAGCAACUUCAUUUGUAGCACUAAACGUAUACUGUGAAUUGAGUUUGUAUAGUCGUACAGUCCAUUCAAAAGAAGGGUAGGGGAGUUUGGAGAUGCAGGUGCAAUUUUGUCAAAAAACAAAAUAAGCAAGCUGUUAUGGAGUCCAGCAGGAGUCUUGCGACACGCAUUUGCUAUUUAGUGUUAAUAACUCACCUCCGCCCCCUAUAGGAAGUAAUGUGUCUCUGCUGACAGGAAUGAGCAGGGGGCUCACAGAGUCACAGUGCAGGCAGGGGUCACGAGUGCAGCCCACAAUAACAGCAAGCCGGGCUGUGAUGGAGUAACAGGAGACAGCUCAAGCACAUGGCAGGGACAGCACUGUGCAACACACUGGCAGGCGUUCUCUAGGAAAACUUUCCCUUGAACAGGGAUUCAGCCAAAAAAAGAAGGGAGCUCCCCUCUGUUCCAUUUCCAGGUGUGGUUUCAGGUGGUUUUUUUAAUGAAGGGCUUAUCUUAAGUUUUCAGAUUUCUUUUUUUGCAGUCGUGUUGUUGGGUCCAUUUCUGGGAGUUUGAUUGGAAAGUAGCAUAGGGCAAAAAAAUAGCUGAGGGUUAGAGAGCAGGAGUGUGUGCUUUUGAUUAAAUCGGUAAGUCUUUUUAAAACUUAAAUACUGAAAUUCUCAUACACACACACACACACAGAGCAUAUAUAUAUUCAUAACCCAGUUAUAUUCAGUAUUCAGCUGCCAUGCUGAGCUAUGUUCUGUUAUUCCACUGCAGUUUCUAUAUUAAAAUCAAAGUUGCUAAACAUUACACACGCUGGUGAAAUCCAAGCUUUUUCUGAAACAGACCCAGAUGUGGAAGUGUAUUUAGAUGAUUUGGCUUGUCAUCCAUGCUCACACUGACUACCAGCCAUACAGUAGAGUUGAUAGUGCAAUGCUGAGCUCACUUGAAGCGGCUGGGAAGCCUAGCUGUACUCCUGAUCGCAGCCUGCACGGGGUUAACAGUCCUUCUCGUGUUAUUGAUGUGGAUCCUGUGUGCGUCUCAUUUUAAAAUGCCAUGUAUUUAUUUAUUUUUAAUUCUGUGUCGUUUUGCAUUAUCCUGUAUGGUUUUUAGAAAAGGUCAAGUACGAUUUGACCCAAAAAAACAAACAAACAUUAAACCUGCAGUGUUUGCUCGAAAUUAUUUUUUAUUUUGUCAAUGUUUAUAUUCGACGAAAGUGAUCGAAUGAAAAAAAAAAAAGCUUUGCAGUGACAGAAGUAGCAAAAUAUAACCAUUACUUGGCAGCCGCAGGGCUUGUGA